ACACCGGAAGUAGCUCAUGCCUGCUUCUGUGUUUUGAACUUUGAACUCAGACUUGUGCACGCUGGAAAUGGAAAUUCAGUGAAACAACGUGGAUGGUAAAAGAUUAAAGUGAAUUAAAGUAAAUUCGGCGUUGGCAGAGCAUUAGAUGCCCAUGUUUUCCUCCGCCUGGAUUUAAUAACUCCACCCCUUAACGCGACUAAAAGAUGGGGAAGGUACCUAAGAAGAGGAGCCUUGCUGACAAGGUCCGCAAAACCAAGACCUCUACUGAGAUCAAAAACAACCCUUUUGAGGUGAAAAUCAACAGGAAGAAAUUUGAUGUUCUGGGAAGGAAAACCAAGCAUGACGUGGGUCUGCCCGGUGUGUCUCGAUCCAAAGCCAUUAAUAAGAGAAAAGAAACCCUUCUGAAGGAAUACAAACAGAAGAACAAGUCCAACAAAUUGAUUGACAGACGCUUUGGAGAGUAUGACACCAAGAUGGCACCAGAAGACAAAAUCCUACAGAGGUUCGCAAUGGAGAGACAGCGUGUCCACGAUAAGAAGGAUGUUUACAACCUGAACGAGGAGGAGGAGCUGACUCAUUAUGGCCAGUCACUGGCUGAGAUGGAGAAAUUCAAUGACCUUGUGAAUAGCGAUGAUGAAUCAGAAGAGAAAGGUCUUUUGUCAGCUGAGCUGACCGCCUCCCACUUCGGAGGAGGAGGGGGUCUCCUCAAAAAGAAAUCAGGGGAUCAGCAGGAGGUUGAAGGAAGCCAGAGGGCAAAGUCCAGACAGGAGCUCAUUGAAGAACUCAUCCAGAAGUCCAAGCAGGAGAAGCGGGAACGGCAGGUGCAGAAAGAGGAGGCACAGGAGCUGACUGAGAAGCUGGAUCAAGAGUGGAAGAGCAUUCAGGCUCUGAUGGUGAAAAAGACGCCCAAAGCUGAAAGCGCCGACCAACAGGAGGAGAAGCCCAAGCUGGAAGAGUAUGACAUGAUGGUCAGAGAGCUCGGCUUUGAGAUGAAGGCUCAGCCCUCGGAGAAGAUGAAAACCCCAGAGGAGCUCGCUCGGGAGGCGAGGGAGAAGCUGCAGAAACUAGAGGCUGACCGUCUGAGGAGGAUGAUGGGAGAUGACGUUGGGGACAGUGCACAGAGUCAGAUCCACAUGUCUGCCGAUGACCUCAAUGAUGGCUUUAUCUUGGAUAAGGAAGACAAGAAGACCCUGUCUUAUCAGGAUGGAAAGUGGAACAUUGGGGAGGAGUCUGAGGAAGAUAAGGAUGAAAACGAAGAAGAGGGAGAGAGUGGUGAGGAGGAGGAAUCAGCAGCAGAGGAGGAAGAUGAAGAAGAGGAGGGAGAGGGGGUAGGGGAGGAAGAGGAAGAGGAGCUGGAGUGCAGCAGUGAAGAAGAAGAUGGUCACUCGGACCUGGAGUCUGAGCAAGAAAGUGAGGAUGAGGAGAGAAAACAGGAGACCAGUGCCAAACCGAAGAAGAGUCUGAGCAAAGAGGAGGUGAAGGCCCAGCAGGAGGCAGCUAAAGCAGAACUCCCAUACACAUUUACUGCUCCCGAGAGCUACAGCGACCUGAAAGAUUUGCUCCACGGCCACACCCCUGAUAACCAGCGCCUCAUUGUGGCCAGGACUCAGAAAUGCAACCAUCCUAGUUUGGCUGUAGGCAAUAAACUUAAACUGCAGAAACUGUUUGGUUAUCUGUUGGAGUACAUUGGAGAACUGGCCUCCAGGAGUCCACCUGAACUCACCACCAUAGAUAAGCUCAUACCAGAGUUGUACACUUUGUGUCAGAUGUUUCCGGAAGCAGCCUGUAAGGCCAUGCAGAGCAUCCUCGGAGACGCUGGUCAUAGCAUGGAGGAGGUUCUUGAGGUCAAAGGGCACGUUGCUUUCCCAGCACUAGACAUGCUUGUCUACCUGAAGGUAACAGCCCUGCUGUUUCCUACCUCAGACUUCAGACACCCAGUUACCACUCCAGCUCUGCUUUACAUCAGCCAGGCUCUCACCAAGUGUCCAAUGAGAUCGUUACAGGAUGUGUCGUCAGGUUUAGUCCUGUGCUGUCUGGCAGUGGAGUAUGUCUCUUUCUCAAAGCGCUUCUUGCCUGAGCUCAUCAACUUCCUGGCUGGAACACUACAUCUGGCCGUGCGGGACAAGAACUCUCUAGGUUACACUGUGGUGCCUCCUUUUAGGCCAUUGGGGAAGUGCAGUGAUCUGCUGGUGUUGUCAAACCCCGAGUCCUGCAAGAGCUGGAGCAAGAAAAGCCUUCCAUUGUCUGCUACCCAAAACCUGGAACUCAAAAGUGACAUUGACAGAGAUCACCAUAGGUUGAUGUGUCUGUCUACUUGCCUGGACCUGGUGAAGCGGUGCUGCCUGAUAUACAAAGACCUCAUGUCCUUCACAUACAUCUUUCAGCCAAUCAGAACGCUGCUUUCCAAACACCUUUCAGCCCAAACAUUACCAGAGCUUUUACAGGAGCUUCACAGUGAGAUCCUGGAGACCAUCAGCAGUGCUCCUGUUACUCACAGUCCGCUGGUUUUAGAGAAGAAGAAGCCUAUUCCUCUGAAGCUGCUCACACCCAAGAUUGUUGAAGUUUUGGACUAUGGAAAGAAGCGUGGCAGUAGCAGAGAGGAGAGAGAGAAGGAGCGAUUGAAGCACAAGUACAAGAAGGAGUUCAAGGGCGCUCUGAGGGAGAUCAGGAAGGACUCACGCUUCCUGGCCAGAGAGAAGCUCAAUGAGGUCAUGAACAGAGAUGCAGAGAGAAAGAGGAAAGUGAAGGAACUCUUUGGCAGUUUGGCCACUCAGGAGGGAGAGUGGAAGGCCCUGAAGAGGAGGAAGAGGAAGUGAAAUACAGAAUCUCAGUCUUCAUCGCUUCUCUCCAUCAUCUGUUCCCUGUCAAAUGGACAUGGAUAACAAACCUGUACAAGGUUGAAAUUUGUGGAACUGGGAACAGUUUUGUACUUUUUGUUUUUUAAAUUGUGAGAUAGGAUAAAGUCAACUUCCUUGUCUCAACACACAUUUUAUACUGUUUGAAAACCAGCUGUCAGAUAUGCACACCAAGUUGUGAAAUAUUUUGAUGUAGGCGUUUGAUGUGAUGAUUGGAUACUGUUGUUGGAAGUGUCAGUCAACACAGCAGUGAAUAUUUGGUUUGCUUUCUCCUUCCCCCCCCCCACCAGAAUCAGUCAAUAUAAUGUGCUUAAAUACAGAAAAAAUAAAUUACUGUAUCUUUC